AGAGGACGCAAAAAAAAAAAAAAUCAGACAAUUGCGAAGCAGAAGAAGAGAGAAGAACGCGAACAUGGCGUCUGCUCCUAAGCUCACUACUACAAUCACGUCUUCUCCAUCUAUGCAAUUGCUCCUCUGCAAGAAACUUCCGAUCUCUAUCCCUCUCCCUUCUUCUUCGUCUUUUUCUUCUUCUAGAUUUCUCUCUUUACCUAAAUCCCUAACCUCCCUCUCUUCCCGGCACCGCCGCUUCAGCUUUGUCUCACAGCCAUGUCGCAGGUUGACAGUUCGCGCCAACAGCGAAAAUGGAGCUGAUACCGGCCGCCAAUUCGAUUUUGACCUCUUCACCAUCGGCGCUGGAAGCGGCGGCGUCCGCGCCUCCCGCUUCGCCGCGAAUUUCGGGGCCUCCGUCGCUGUCUGCGAGCUCCCUUUCUCCACCAUCUCUUCCGAGACUACCGGAGGCGUCGGAGGAACAUGUGUACUCAGGGGAUGUGUCCCAAAGAAGUUACUUGUGUAUGCAUCCAAAUUUUCUCAUGAGUUUGAUGAGAGUAAUGGCUUCGGUUGGAAAUAUGAGACUGAGCCCACUCAUGAGUGGAGUACCUUGAUUGCCAACAAAAAUGCUGAGUUGCAGCGGCUGACUGGUAUUUAUAAGAACAUACUGAACAAUGCUAAUGUCACAUUGAUUGAAGGACGAGGAAAGGUUAUCGAUCCACAUACUGUUGAUGUUGAUGGUAAAAUCUAUACUGCGAGAAAUAUUCUGAUUGCUGUCGGUGGACGCCCCUUCAUUCCUGAGAUUCCUGGAAGAGAGUAUGUUAUUGAUUCAGAUGCUGCUCUUGAUUUGCCUUCCAAGCCAGAGAAAAUUGCAAUCAUUGGUGGUGGGUACAUAGCCUUGGAGUUUGCUGGUAUCUUUAACGGCCUAAAAAGUGAAGUCCAUGUAUUUAUACGGCAAAAGAAGGUGCUAAGGGGAUUUGAUGAAGAGAUCAGAGAUUUUGUUGGAGAGCAGAUGUCUUUGAGGGGUAUUGAGUUUCAUACCGAAGAAUCACCUCAAGCUGUCGUCAAAUCUGCAGAUGGCUCAUUGUCUCUGAAGACCAACAAGGGAACUGUGGAGGGCUUUUCACAAAUUAUGUUUGCUACUGGUCGUAGGGCCAACACAAAGAACUUAGGAUUGGAGGAUAUUGGUGUAAAAAUGACCAAGAAUGGAGCGAUAGAGGUUGAUGAAUAUUCACGGACAUCCGUUUCUUCCAUCUGGGCUAUUGGGGAUGUAACUGACAGAAUCAACUUGACUCCAGUCGCCUUGAUGGAGGGAGGUGCAUUAGCAAAAACCUUGUUCGAGAAUGAACCUACAAAGCCUGAUUAUAGAGCUGUUCCCUCUGCUGUUUUCUCCCAGCCACCUAUUGGACAAGUUGGUCUAACUGAAGAACAAGCCAUAGAACAAUACGGUGAUAUAGAUGUUUUCACAGCAAACUUCAGGCCAUUAAAGGCAACUCUUUCAGGGCUGCCAGACCGGGCGUUUAUGAAACUCAUUGUUUGUGCGAAGACAAACAAAGUUCUUGGUAUCCACAUGUGUGGAGAGGAUUCACCUGAAAUCAUCCAGGGGUUUGCAGUUGCUGUAAAAGCUGGAUUGACCAAAGCUGACUUUGACAGUACCGUGGGUGUUCACCCAACAGCAGCAGAAGAGUUUGUUACUAUGAGGACUCCGACCAGAAAGAUUCGGAGAGAUUCUCCUGAGGGGAAGACGAAUCCCGAGGCUAAAGCUGCUGCAGGGGUGUAGAAGAGGUUGUAAAACAAUCAGGGUUCAUGGAGUAGGAACUCUCUGACAAGGUGAUCCUUGUUUUGGCUGUUAGAAAAUGCCUUUCUCCUUCGCUUCUUGGAGAUGUGAUAGAUGGAUAUCCUCUUGUGAUGAUUUUGAUGUUUCAACAUAAACUCAACCAAAUACCCAGAUGGGUAAAUCAUUCAUUCCCAGGUGUGUUUUCCUUUUUUUCUGCAUUUCUCUCUCUCUAUGUUGCCAAUAAUUUGUUAAAGGGGAAAUCUUUCAUGAUUCUUCUGAUUAGGGUUUUCUCCAUCUUUGUUUUUUCUUAUUAUUGUCUCACCGUUUUGCUUGAAAGAGAAUCCGAAUAAUGCACGAACGCGUUCCAUUUUUUUUUUAAAUUACGACGAUAUAUACUGUAAAUCCGAUGAAAUAAGAUCCGUCUGUAUGUAUGUUUUCA